UCUCUCCCGAGAGCUUCAUUUCCCGUUUCAAGCUCGAUCCUCCGAGCAGCGGCGGCGGCGGCGGGAGCAGCGGCGGCGAUUGGAGGAGAUGACGACAAGGUUCAGGAAGAACAGGAAGAAGAGAGGCCAUGUGAGCGCCGGCCAUGGCAGGAUCGGGAAGCAUCGGAAGCAUCCUGGAGGUAGAGGUAACGCCGGAGGCAUGCACCACCAUCGCAUCCUCUUCGAUAAGUAUCAUCCUGGCUACUUCGGCAAGGUCGGCAUGAGGUACUUCCAUCGCCUUCGGAACAAGUUCCACCGUCCCAUCCUCAAUCUCGAUCGCAUCUGGUCACUUGUCCCUGAGGACGUCGCUGCCAAGGCGGACGCUGCUUCUGGUCUGCUCCCGAUGGUGGAUGUCUCCCAGUUUGGUUACUUCAAGGUGCUGGGAAAGGGGAGGCUGCCGGAGGGUAAGCCCGUGGUUGUGAAGGCGAAGCUCGUGUCGAAGAUUGCUGAGAAGAAGAUCAAGGAGGCUGGUGGUGCCGUCGUCCUCACUGCUUGAUCUGCAGGUUCUAUUGCUUUUGAUUUAAUUUGUGUUUCCUUUUUUGAGAUAAAAGUUGAGGUUUUUGAUACUGCGUGGUUUCAAACUUUAAUCUGAUCUUUUAGCUUUUGAUGCAUGCUACGAACAUUGGAAUUUAUGGUUUUGAUUACUGUGAUUUGGCAUCAUCUCUAUUGAUCAUAGUGAUUGUUUUA